CAACAUCAACACACCACUCCCCAUCAACAUGGUCACCAUCCCCACACGCGACGCCUACCCCACACUGCGCCUGUCCACAAGCCCCAUGACCGCCUCCUCGCCUCCAAUCCACGUCGCGACGCUCAACGUCCGGUACGACGGACAGCGAAACUCGCCCAUCGCGAUCCCGCCGACCGGCGCGGUGCCCCCCGCGCCUAGAAAGCCGUGGGAGGACAAGUAUCGCGAGCAGGCGUGGGCCGUGCGCCGCUCCCGGCUCGUGGAUGCGCUGCUGUCGCUCGGCUCGCUGGAUCUCAUCGGCUUCCAGGAAGUGUACGCGUCCCAGCUGGACGACCUGGCGGCGCUGCUCGGCCCGCGCUGGGCGCACGUCGGCGUGGGACGCGAUGACGGCAAUAAGGCGGGCGAGUACAGUCCAAUCUUCUUCAACUCCGAUCGGUUCACCCUCGUGAAAUGGAAGAGCGUGUGGCUGUCGCCGACGCCCGACGUGCCCGGCAGUGUCGGGUGGGACGCGAGCCAGACGCGUAUCGCGACACUGCUGAGCCUCGCCGACGUGCAUGGUGGGACGGUGCAUGCCGUCUGCACGCACUACGAUGACCGUGGCGUCAAAGCACGCGCAGAGAGCAGCCUGCUCAUCCGGGCGGCGAUCCGCGCGUUCGUCGACGAGGUCGAGGGCGGCGGUGACCCCGGCCCGGUGCUUCUCUUCGGCGACUUUAACUCGCCCGACUCCGAGGACGGAUACCGCAACAUCACGUCGUUUGACCCCCUCCCGUCCGGCAAGCAGGGCUUCACCUUUCUCGACGCGUACACCCACCUCUCGGCCCGGCGGCCGGGCCACAUCGCCCAGUCGCGCCCGUACGGCCCGAAAGCGACCUACACUGGCUUUGCGGCGCCGGGGCGCGAGCGCACGACGCGCAUCGACUUUGUCAUGCUCGCUGCUGCGGAUGGUGGUGACUCGGCACGUGGCGGCUACAGCUUCAGCCAGUACGCCGUCGUCGACAACUGGGUCGAGGAGGGCGAUGUCGACGGGUUUGAGGGCCGCUGGAGCGACCACCGCGCUGUGCGGGUGACUAUUACCAAGGCGUAGAUGUGAGUCACGGGUACAGUUGUUUGGCC